AUGCUUGCAGGAGCGGUGUGUAUACUUAAUCAAUCAAGGCAACACCGUCGUCGUCGUGCCCCGAAUGUGGACAGACGUAGGGAGUCUUGGGGUAAGAAUAUCUUGGAGGAUUACUUUAUCCCAAAUUCGUUAUAUCCUGUUUCUAAGUUUCGAGAGAGAUAUAGAAUGCAGCCACAUUUGUUCCAAAAAAUCAUGCAUGAUAUUUGUAAUUACGACACAUGCUUCAUUCAAAAGCAUGAUGCUGUUGGAGUUUUGGGUCUUAUCUUGGAGCAAAAACUUACAGCUGCUUUACGGAUGCUUGCUUAUGGGGCAUCUGCAGAGCGGGUGGAUGAGAUUGCAAGGAUGGGAAAGUCUACUAUCCUAGAGUGCUUGGUGAGAUUCUAUGAUGCAGUAGAAAAUUUGUACACGAGGGAGUACCUUCACAAACCCACGCCGAGAGACCUCCAAAGGCUUCUACAAAAAGGCGAGGCUCGAGGUUUCCCAAGAGUGAUUGGAAGCAUCGAUUGCAUGCACUGGCACUGGAAGAAUUGUCCUACUGCUUGGCAAGGAGAGUACGGGAAUCGGAAGGGCCAAAAAAGUAUAAUUUUGGAGAAUGACCUCAAUGUCCUUGGUCAAUCCCCGGUGUUCGACGAGGUAUUGCGAGGUCAUUCCCCCCAGGUCACGUACCAAAUCAAUAAUACCGUAUACUUUGGUGCGUACUACCUUGCUGAUAGAAUUUAUCCUAAGUGGACGACAUUCGUGAAAACAAUUUCGAAUCCCCAAUCCGAGAAAGAAAGAAGCUUUGCUUCCUUUCAAGAAGGUUACAGGAAAUACGUGGAAAGGUGUUUCGGUAUCUUGCAAGCUUGUUGGGCAAUUAUUAGGGGUGCUGCUCGGAUGAUAGAUGAGGAGGUGUUGCGGAGUAUUAUGAUGACUUGCAUCAUCCUCCACAACAUGAUUGUGGAGGAUGAGUAUGACUACGAUGCUCCAAAGGUGUUUGAAUCCGAUCCCAUGAACACGGCAUUGAAAAGAAUAUAUGAAAGGCUAAUGAGACCAAAUGGACUACCAAUGGAGCACAAACCGUUACUUUGGGAUGGUAGAUUCAACAACCCCAUGAUUGAUCGUUAUCAAGAAAUGCAAUCUUCAUAUGUUCACGAGAGACGUCAAGUUGACUUGAUCGAGCACUUGUGGGAGAUCAAAAGCAAUCACAAUGGAUGA